AUAAGGAGCUGGAGGGGGCGGGGCGAGGCUUGACCUGCGGCUGCACAUAAACUCAACCUGUACAUGUUGAGACUGAACUCUCUUUACCUUCAGCUGAGCGCUUCAGCUUCAGCAGACACCACUGGACACUACACACCAUUCUGCUGCUCUCAGAUUGAGUUUUGAGCAGUCAUGCAGGCCCACGAGCUGUUGAGCCAGCUGCGGAUCCCUGAACUGUCGGAGGUGAGGGAUUAUCUGCGCAGUUUCUCCACAAACACACUCCUCGGCAUGGGUGCCUUCACCGCCGUCACUGCAUACUGGUACGCCACGCGGCCCAAAGCCCUCCAAGCACCCUGUGACCUGCGCAUGCAGUCUAUAGAGCUUCCCGGUGGAGAGUUUGCUCGUCGAGGCGCAGUGUUAAACGGAGGACCACUGUUGAGCUUCUACUAUGAAGACGCCAAAACCAUGUAUGAGUGUUUCCACAGAGGCCUGAGGGAGUCAAAAAACGGUCCAUGCUUGGGAUCCAGAAAACCAAAGCAGCCUUAUGAAUGGCUUUCCUAUUCAGAGGUGAUCGAGCGAGCAGAGCAUUUAGGAUCAGCGUUUUUGCACAAAGGACACUCGAAAAGCGGAGACCCGUACAUCGGCAUCUUCUCCCAGAACAGACCAGAGUGGACGAUUGCGGAGCUGGCCUGUUACACAUACUCUCUGAUAUCAGUCCCGCUGUACGACACACUGGGCACUGAAGCCAUCAGCUACAUCCUGGACAAGACCUGUAUCUCCACGGUGGUGUGUGAUGUACCUGAGAAGGCUGGUCUGCUGCUGGAGUGUGUUUCUGGUCGUCAGCACAGUGUGAAAACCCUGAUCCUCAUGGCAGACGUGGACGCAGAUCUCCAGAGCCGAGCGCAGCAGUGCGGCAUACAGAUCAUGAGCCUGACAGAUGCAGAGAACAUGGGCAAAACUCACCGGCGGCAGCCUGAGCCUCCUCAGCCUGAUGACUUGGCUGUUAUUUGCUUUACUAGUGGAACCACAGGAAAUCCCAAAGGAGCCAUGCUCACACACAGGAACAUCGUGUCUAAUAUUUCUGCCUUCAUCCACGUCACUAAUUCCACGUGUCCUCUCAGCUCUCGGGACUCACACAUCUCCUACCUGCCACUGGCGCACAUGUUCGAAAGAGUCGUACAGGGUGUGGUUCUGCUUCACGGCGCGCGGAUCGGAUAUUUCCAGGGGGACAUUCGUGUUUUGAUGGAUGACCUGAUCGCUCUGAAGCCCACCAUAUUCCCUGUGGUGCCUCGUCUGCUGAACCGCAUGUUUGACAAGAUCUACGGUCAGGCAAACACUCCCCUGAAAAGACGCCUGCUGGAGUUCGCCUUCAGGAGGAAAGAGGCCGAGAUGAAGAGCGGCAUCAUGAGGAGAGACAGCAUCUGGGACAAGAUCAUCUUCAAGAAAGUGCAGGCCAGUGUUGGCGGCUGUGUGCGGAUGAUGGUCACUGGAGCCGCUCCAAUAUCAGAACCCGUCCUCACUUUCCUGAGAGCUGCUCUGGGCUGCCAGUUUUAUGAAGGAUACGGACAGACUGAGUGCACCGCCGGCAGCACAACCACAUUACCAGGAGACUGGACAGCAGGUCACGUCGGAGCUCCUCUGCCCUGUAAUGACAUCAAACUGGUGGAUGUGGCAGAGAUGAACUAUUACGCUGCUAACGGAGAAGGAGAGGUGUGUGUCCGGGGUCCCAAUGCUUUUAAAGGCUAUCUGAAAGACCCAGAGAAGACGAAAGAAGCUCUGGAUGAAGAAGGAUGGGUUCACACAGGAGACAUCGGACGCUGGCUGCCGAACGGCUCUUUGAAGAUCGUAGACCGUAAGAAGCACAUCUUCAAGCUGGCUCAGGGUGAAUACAUCGCUCCGGAGAAGAUCGAGAAUAUUUACAUCAGGAGUGAAGCUGUGGUGCAGGCCUUCGUGCAUGGAGACAGUCUGCAGGCGUGUCUGGUCGCCAUCAUUGUGCCAGAUCCAGACUUUCUACCCGGCUGGGCCAAGAAGAGAGGAAUAGAGGGAACAUAUGAGGAUCUGUGCAAAAACAAGGACAUAAAGAAAGCCAUUCUGGAGGACAUCAUCAAGCUGGGUAAAGAAAGCGGCCUGAAGUCUUUCGAGCAGGUGAAGGACAUCGCUCUGCACAGCGAGAUGUUCACCAUCCAGAACGGCCUGCUGACGCCAACGCUCAAAGCCAAGCGCGCAGACCUGAGGAACCACUUCAGGAGUCACAUCGACGAGCUCUACGCCAACAUCAAAAUGUAGAAAACACGCAACCAAACACUCGAGAGGAUCUGCGACGACACUCGAGGAAUACAAACACACCAAAAAUACUGCUUUAAGAGGGACACGAGAGGAAAAUCGGGUCAUUAAUAACUCACUAAUUAAAUCUGUAAGACCGUCGUUCAUCUUUAAAAUAAAAGUUAAGAUGUUAUAGAUGAAA